AUGGCGAAAAACAACAAGGACUUUGUUUUUCCUAAUGGAUGCCAUCUGGACAGAGGAGAAGAAGAGAGGCACGUUGUCCACCUAGGCGUCCGUCGAGGUGGACCGGCAAUGGGACGUGCCGAGCACUUCACGGAUGUUCAGAACUAUUCGGUCCACACGCUGGUCUUUAGGUCACUCAAGAGGACUCCUGACAUGUUUGUGUCCGACCAAGCAAAGUACAUGGCAUUAGACGAAAAAAUUCACAAGCUGAAAAUGGCUGUGAAACUGAAAAGCGAGUACGAUGCUGUCCUCCACAUUCGUGUCUUGAAGGAGCCCAAAGAACGAAUGGCUUUGCCGACCAUCAAUGUACUGCUUCAGCUGGGUUACACACUACCAGUAUCAAAUGACCCAGAGUACAUGAUCACAGGGACACACACUUAUCCGUCUGGACCAGGUAUUGCUCUGAUAAAAGUCACGAAAAUACACGAUCCUCCCGUCAAACUUGGAAUUAAUCAUGUAGCGGACGUUCUGGUGCCGCCGCUUUCCGCCUCGCAAGACACUGGCCGCACCGCCGCCAGCGUUCCCGACAUCCAUUGGCACGCCGGGGCAGCGGAGCAAUCGCUCCCUCCUUCGACCACGUUGUCGCUGGCGGAAAGCGGAGGGACCAGAACGUCCGCUCUCAUCAGGCGAGCGCCCAGCAUGCCAAAGCCUCAGUGGCACCCACCGUGGAAACUUUUUAAGGUCAUCAGCGGUCACCUCGGCUGGGUGCGCUGCAUCGCCGUGGAGCCAGGCAAUCAGUGGUUCGUCACCGGCUCUGCUGAUAGGACUAUAAAGAUCUGGGACCUUGCGAGCGGGAAGCUGAAGCUGACGCUAACGGGCCACAUUAGCACGGUACGCGGUGUGGCGAUCAGCAGUCGUAGCCCCUACCUCUUUUCAUGUGGCGAGGACAAGCAAGUCAAGUGCUGGGAUUUGGAGUACAACAAGGUCAUCCGACACUACCACGGCCACCUGAGCGCUGUGUACGGCCUGGACUUGCACCCCACCAUAGACGUGCUGGUGACGUGCAGCAGAGACGCCACGGCCAGGGUGUGGGACAUCCGCUCCAAAGUCGAUGUGCACACGUUCACCGGUCACACCAACACUGUGGCCACGGUCCGGUGUCAGGCCGCCGAGCCGCAAGUCAUUACAGGGAGCCACGACUCAACCAUCCGGUUGUGGGACUUGAUUGCGGGCAAAACCAGAGCCACGCUGACUAAUCACAAGAAGUCAGUCAGAAGCGUUGUGCUGCAUCCACGACAAUACACUUUUGCCUCCGGUUCGGUCGACAACAUCAAACAGUGGAUGUUCCCAGAGGGCAAAUUUAUUCAGAACCUGUCUGGGCACAAUGCCAUCGUUAACACGCUGGCCGUCAACUCCGACGGCGUCCUGGUGUCCGGAGCCGACAACGGGACCGUCCGCUUGUGGGACUGGAGGACCGGCUACAACUUCCAGCAGAUCCACGCCGCCGUGCAGCCCGGUUCCCUGGACAGCGAGUCGGGCAUCUUUGCUUGCAUCUUCGACAACUCGGGAAGCCGUCUGAUCACGGCCGAGGCCGACAAGACCAUCAAAGUCUACAAAGAAGAUGACACCGCUACAGAAGAGAGUCACCCUAUCAGCUGGAAACCAGACAUAUUAAAGAGACAAAUAUUCUAG